UACACUGACGUCAUGUCCGGUCUCCAUUAGGUUAUUAAUAAAUUUAAAAUUCACGUUUUCAUAAGUGUAAAAUUUAAUAUAAAUACUCACACUAGAUCAAUACGUGCAUUAUUAAUGGCGACGUAAGCAACGAUUACCUCAAGUGAAUGGAUAAAUAUUAAAUAUUUCUGUAUAUAUUUUACUUUAAGAUAUAUUGCUUAAAAUACAAUUCGAAAUAUAGGAAUUCCUGUGUGUAUCUAAGUUUAAAACUAUUUAGUUAUAUAUCAUAUUACUGACAAGUAAAUUUUAGAAAUCCAGCCAGAACAAUUAAAAUAUAAAAACAAAGAUUACCAUAAUGGACAAGUGGACAUCAUUUGUGUUUAUACUCGCUAAUGUGUUUCUAUUGACCAGUGGUCAGAAUGCGUGUCAGUCCAGUUUUCUGACCACAUUGAACUACUGUUUGGGCAACAGAACUGUAAACACAGACAACUUCUUGUACUUGGUCAGAGAUGGGAAAUUGGGCAAAGCGGCAGAUGACCCUAUUGCCUUUUUGAACAAGCUGUGCUCAGUAAGAGAAUCCUUGACCAGCUGUGUCAGAGCUGGAGUGGACACCGUACAACUUAUGCCUGAUACUCAGUGUAACUCUACACAGAAAGCCAGUAUAGUCAAUCUUUAUAAAAGUUUCUUCAAAGUCGUCAAUAAGAAGUGUGAAAAUCCCUGUCGGUCUGUCUUCAAACAAGGGCUGACCAAAUGUUUUACUGACCAAAACUUUAGACUGACGGACUACUUGAUCUUCAGUCCCAUAGCACACAGAGACUACAUCCUGGGAACCAACAAAACUGAAGUACAGCGCUUCUGCGACAAUCGGACAGUCAUUAUGCAGUGCAUGCGCAGCGUACUAUUGUCCUGUGAAGAUGGACCACACUUGCUGGACACAUAUGGUUUGGACUUGGAUGCUUUGAGUGAGACCUACACUACUCUAUGUAACUACACAGAGAUUUACAUGGAAGCUGUCAAGUGUUACGAGUUCCCAGUCAAUCCUGUACUAGCCUGCAGAAACACUCUGUCCACUAGAGUUACUCCCUUGGAUGGCCAGUUUGAAGAUUUGAACAUGACCAGCAUACAAUACAGAGAUGAAAUUUGCAAAGCCAGACUGGACCAAGUCCAGUGUGAGAUGGACGCCGUGAAGCCAGGCAAUGACACAGACAAGUGUAACGCAGUUGUUGUGGGACUGCGGAAACAGCAGGAGUGUCAGCUGCUCCCCAAAUCUUGUAGAACAUCCAACUCUGCCCAAGUCAACAACUUGUGCCGGGAAACUGACUUUAAGAUAGCAGAGAGGGUGGCCUUCACACAGGCCUUGAUUUCAUCAGGUCACGUGCCCAUGGGCACACUCUAUGUUAUCUUGACCUUGUUAGCCACAUCCAUGUUGUCUUUGGUUUAAUUCAGUACCAGAAGAUCAUUAUGUUGAACCUUGACUAAAUCGAUAUCCCAGCAGUUCUAUACAACAUAUGAAGACCUCACGCCUCCUGUAACAUGUUCAGGAGAUUUCACGUUUCAGAGUCUGAUUUCGUUUAGUGAAUAACUCUGUCCCUGUUUUGUUUGUUUGUAUAUACUUAUAUAAUCAUAUUUGUAAAUAUUUUUUAUACGUAUUAAAUAUUGUUGACAUUGUUGAUUUAUUAAAGCUGUGUAAUCAUAAUA